AACAUUAUUCUAUGAACACAAAGAAACCUCUCAUUAUGUUGUGGGAAGUGAGAGCCACGAAAAGAGGACAAACGAAAUCCAGAGGGCCAAUCAUCCACAGAAAAAGACGUAAACUUGGUUUGUAAGCCUAUAAAAUGUGCAGAGAGCGUGAGCGUGACAAUAAGUGUCCUCUUCACGCGCUUAUUACUGCAACAUAAAGAGAAAUAGUAAUGGGGGUAACGUCAAAGUACACCUCAUUCUAUUCUUCUAUAGGCUGGGUUGGACUCAUAGACUCAUAGUGGAGCUUUUAACUAACAAUCCUCUCAGCAGUCCCCCCCAGCAAUCGCACCAAUCAAACGCGUUACUCUUUCCGACACCACACCGAAUAAUCUCCCAUCUCCACUCUACCAAGGUACCAAAAAAAAAGGAAUAAAAAUUCAUUGUCGGCACCAGAUCUGCACCACCCAUUUCCACUCACCUUCUUCUUCUUCUUCCUCUUCCGACUAUUGCGGUUGCUUUUUCACUUUUGGGUUGAAAAAGGAGAAGGAGAAAUGGACCCGGAGCAACGCCGGAAGCGAAAGCGGAUUGGGCGGUUGUACUCCCAGGGCCACUACCUGUCACUUAGAUCUUUGAUUGUUUGCUUCUCCUUCUUCAUCUUCCUACUGUUCCUGUACGUCGAAAGGUUCUCGAUUGGUUCGGUGUCGUUUCGGCCAGUUCUCAGAGCCUCCACCACCUUAUCGCUUUUGUCCUCGUCCACGAGCAGUUCGAUUCUUGAUUCUAUCAGCAAGAAAUCACUGCCCCUGAGAGUUGACGAUCGGGUUGUCUUCCCCGACCACGUGCUCCUCAUGGUGUCUAGCAGAAUCACUGAUAGCCAAGACUUGCAGUGCGUGUACUAUGAGUUCUCCAACAGUUCGAGCGAGAUUCUCGGCGUUCAACCCGUGCUGGCCACCGACCAGUACGACGCGUUUCGGUCGAUCGUGAGGUGCCCGCUCCCGCCGGAGAAUCACUCCGCCGCCGGGAUAGAUCUACGGAGGCAGCAGAGCAGCGAGGUGGGGGAGUACGAUUGGUCUGUGAGGGCUAAUCAGACGGCGCAUUGGUGGGAGAAGGUGGCCUACGAGGCGGUUUUGGAUGCGAACACGGCGGUUGUGUUCGUUAAGGGGCUGAAUCUUCGGCCCCAUAAGAUAUCGGAUCAGACCCAGCUGAGCUGCCAUUUCGGAUUUGGUAAUUGGGGCAGAGACGAAGGGUUUGUGCUCACGACUGAGGCCGUUUCGGCCUCACAAGAAGUGGUUCGGUGCUUGUUGCCGCGGAGCAUUAGGAGUAACCCUGAGAGGGCUCAGGGGAUUAGGGUAACCGUUGGUCACGCUAAUGCUGAUUCCGAUGCUGACGCUGACGCUACUGCCAGACCUCCUAUGCCUUCUGUGGCUAAAAUUUCUAGUUACAAAUCUGAGGCGGAGAAGAGGAAUCCGCACAAGCAUGAGCUUUGUGUGUGUACCAUGUUGUGGAACCAAGCACCGGCGCUUCGGGAGUGGAUUAUGUACCACGCCUGGCUGGGGGUUGAGCGCUGGUUUAUCUAUGACAAUAAUAGCGAUGAUGGUAUUGAGGAGGCGAUUCAAGAGCUCCAGUUGGGAAACUACAAUGUUACUAGGCAGAGCUGGCCGUGGAUUAAAACCCAGGAAGCGGGUUUUUCGCAUUGUGCUUUGAGAGCA